AUGACAGAAGAAGCCACAGACUUGGAUGAAGAUGCAUCAAGGGAGGCAGAAGACCUGGGGCCUCUUGACAGUAGUAAGGGUGCCACCCGUCCCCGCACCAUCUCAGCUCCUCCUCCGCCCUGCAUGGCGGACAUGGUGCCAACGGCGCAGCCAGAGCUGUGCAGGGGAACCUUCCAACAAGUCACUACCCUCCUGGACAUCAUGGAUACCGAGCCAUCAAAGACAGACACAGUUGGCGCUGGCCUUGAUAUGCGGAAGACGCUGGCCUCGGUGAUCAUCACAGAGAAGGCCACCACCGAGCCCUCUGUGGUGAUGUAUGCUCUCAUCCACUGUCUGCAGAUGCCCAAGAUCUCCACCCAACGCAAAAUCAACAUCUACAACAUCCUCCAGGCCAUCAUCCAGCAGGAGGGAGAGCUGGAGGAGCACUGUGUGCAAAGGCUUGUCACCAUUGCCUCCAAGGAGAUGAGGGAGAGCCCCGAGAUGGACAACUAUGUGCAAGCAGAGGUGGCCAGCGACACUUUGGUGGCUCUGUCCCGAAACCACUUCAGCUUGGUCAUGUACGAGCUGCAGCACAACCUCAGGCCCCUUGACCUUGCUGACGAGUUUGUCAUCAUCACCUUGGCCAAAUUGGCUAACAGCAAUGUGUUUGAGUUCAUGCCGUACAUGGGCAUCACCCUGGCGACCCUGUUCACGAUGCUAAGACUUGCCAAUGAAGCCAAGAUGCGACAGGUGAUCUGCAGUGCCAUGGAGACCUUCUGUGAGACAGUGCAGUUUUAUCUGCGCCACCUGGAGGACAGCCUGUACCCCGUGAUGACCGAGGAGCAGUUUGCUGUCAAGGUCUUCCCCAUGUAUCGCUACUUUGUGACCGUGUGGCUGAAGCACUCCCAGCCCGAGGUGAAGCUGGGGGUCAUCAAGUCCCUGAGGCCCAUGCUGACCCUCCUCCUGCCCAACGACGACCUGCGGGAGCAGGUCUACGACUACAUCCCCGUGCUGCUGGCCGAGUACCAGGGCGGCCUGGAGGCCCUUUUCAUCACCCAGGUACUGAGGCAGAUUCUAGAAAUGGCAGUUACCACCAAUACUCCUAUCCCGCAAAUGCAGCUACACCCCGUGUUCACAGAAUUACACAUGCAGGUGUGCAACAAGGCCCCAGCCCAGCAUCAGUUCAGUAGCCAGAACCUGAUGGAGAUCGUGCACUGCUUCAUAGCCCUCGCUCGCUCCUACCCCAAGGAACUGAUGAAGUUCUUCUUCAGUCAGAUGGAGAUGAGCAAGGAGGCCGUCCGCGUGGGGACGCUGAAUCUGAUCAGAGCAGUGGUGAGCGCGGACGAGCCCAAAAUGAAUAUCAAGACCAUCUACCUGGCCAUCCGGGUGGUGAAGAGCAUCCUCUCCGACAGCCGCUCCAAGGUGAGGAUGGCGAUUCUGCGCAUCAUUGGCCAGCUGGCUCUGUCUGGGUACCAGGAGAAGAUCAAAGGCUGGGGUCUGAAAUACGUGUCUGUGCAGCUGACCUUAUCCACCUACAAACUGACCAAUCACCGGGAGUGCUUUUAUCAGAGGGAAUUGGAGGAGAAGAUGGUCCAUAAGGUUACCAUGGAGACUGUGAAGAUCAUAACCUCUUCUGUCAGUGGCAUGACCAAUGAGUUCUGGGUGAGGCUCCUGUGCUACAUCAUGGAGACAGACUACACCGAGGCUUUGACCCCCAUCUGCAUCAGCCUCACCAACCUGGCAGAGCACCAGCUCCAGGAAAGGGAGGAGGAGGAGGCCAAUGGAGCCAGCAAGAACAAGCGUGUGGAGCUGCCUGCGCCUCAGAAGCUGCUGGCCCGUCUGCUGGUACUGAUGUCCUCACCCUACAAAGGGGAGGGCCGUGGCAUAGCCAUGCUCAACCUCCUGAGGACCCUGAGCCAGAGCAUUGCUCCUGCCAUGGCGGACAUGUGGGAGGCGGAGAUCCCACUGCUGGUCCAGUACCUGGAAGAACACACCGAGUACACGUGGAAUCAGAAGGCCUGGGAGGACAAGCUAAUUCAGUUUCUGAGAAACUCCCUUAAGAAGACCCGGGGGACCAACUGGAGCCUUCGCCUGAGCAAAGAGCUCAACAACCAGAUCGAGACCUUCAGCAGCCCCUCUCUGGAAAAGGGCUUUCUGUACCGGGCCUUGGGCUUCACCUUGGCCAUGGGCCUGGAGGCUGACAGGGUGGAGGUGCAGCUGUUGGAGCUUCUGUACAAGACAGACUAUGGCAAUGACUUUGACCGGGAGGGUGUGAUCCUGUGCUUUGGCCUGUGUGCCCGGGGUCAGGUGAAGACGGUGCUCAAUGUACUCCAUGAGUUUGAGGAGAAGAUCCAGGAGUCAGAACAGUCCUGGCAGAUCAGUGCCUGGCGGAAGGACCACCCCUGGAAGCGGGAGAACGUGAAGAGUGCCCUCAUGGUGAUGUACAGCUGCGUGUCCUCUUACUGCCACCCCCAGAUGCUCCUCACCCACGUGGACAGCCCCAUCACUGCCAAGAUCGUCCAUCACUACUCUAGCAGCUGCCAGGACACCAGUCUCAAGAUGGCCUUCAUGAAGAGUGUGGUGCAGGUCACCAACUCCAUUAGAAGCAUCAAGGACCUGGAGGACUUCCAGUUUUCCCACAAGCCAACUCUUACCAGCCUCAUCACAGCCAUCAUCAAAGCAGAACCGGUGGACCAUCUGGUAUCUCCUGUGCGGACAAUGGCCAUAGACGCCCUCUCACACCUGAGCACACUGAAGCCUUUCUACUCCACAGAGGAAAGCAGCGAGCUGAUGGAUAUCAGUAUACACUCUGUAAUUUCUCUCCAACCCCCAGGAGAAGACAAUGAGUCCAUUAAGACCCUGUAUGCGAAUGCAUUUUGCUCUCUGGAGAAGCUAAUGGAGAGCCUCCUGCAGAGGCAGCCUGACCCCAAGGGGCUCCAGGACAUGGUGCACCUCUUGGAGAAGUGGAUCUUGUCGGAGAAAGAAUGGGAGCGGGAGAAGGCCAUGCACCUCCAUCUCCACCUCAUGCAGAUCUAUGUCCAAACUAUCGGCGUCUGUAUCCCCCUGAAGCUGGGACAGUUUGGCAUGCUUGUUGGACUCAUCGCCCCGUACACCUGUGACACCCACAAAAGAACCCGCAUCACCUCCAGCAAUGUCCUGUCCAGCCUGCUGGAGCUUCACGUAAGCCAGACCUGCUCCUUAUGGGGCGCUUCCAAGGAGAGGGAGCUGGAGAAAUGCAAGGAGGACCUCUGGGGCACAGACACAGAGACAAUUUUCUGUGCCUCCUCCAGAAUCGCCAAGGUAUUCUGCGUGGAGUUGAACUGCGACGAGGUGGUCGCACUCAUCCAGAAGCUCUGCGAGAACAUUGGCGCCAUGGACCUGCAGCACGACAAGGCCGCUGUCACCUGGAUAGGCGUCCUCCUUCAGAUGCGCGUCAAGGAGCUGGAGGACAAGGUGGCCGAGGUCCUAGGAGCCAUCCUGGUCCACUUGCCGGUGGUGGACCAUGUGGAGGUGCGGCAGCUCCUCAUCGAAGGCAUCCUCCUGCUGGCAUUCCACCACCGGGAGACCGUCCUCACCUCGCUCCUGAGGCAGCCCCUGCCCAUGGAGAGCCAUCUGAGGCAGGUGUGGCUGGCGGUGGCGGAGAACGCGCCCUUCGCAAGGACCAUGCUCCACGGCCUGCUGGACCGGCUGCAGUCGCGGUUCGCCCCCAAGGUGAAAGCCACCUCGAAGGCUGACAUCUGGCGCCUGGCUGCAGUGGACCCUCUGAUGACCCAGUGUGCCAUCUAUCUGCUCAUGGAGAAGAUGGACAAGGAUGACAAGUUCGCAGAACUGCUCCCCGACCUCAUCUACACCUUCGUGCUGCAUCUGGGCAGCAGCCACAGGCCUGAGGCCGCCUCGCCGGUCCUGAAGACCUGGAGACUGGUCCACACGGGGGCCCUGCCCGAGGAGAUGAGCAUGCAGAGGGUCACCAUCAAGUGCAUGAAGCUUCUGUUCAAGAAUGUCAACAGCAAGCUCCUGGCCAAGGCCUUGGAAGAGCAGUCUGUGUGGACCUUGCUGGAGAAUGAAGGGACCUUCCUGGAGGGAGUGAGCCUGCUGGCCAGGCUGUGCAUACAGAACAUGGAGGUCCACAAGCGGAGGCUGUCGGAGCUGGUGCUCGGGGGCCUGGGUUCUGAAAUCCUGAGCUGCCGCGUGAGCAGCACCGCGGUCUGUGUAGAAUUGAUGAGCGAUUCAGUUCUGCACCGGGAGAAACUGCUGAAGUCUGCGGUGCUGACGCUGGGGCAGGGCGUGGACCAGGAGGAGGACGAGGCCCUGCAGGUGCUGUCUCUGCGAGCUCUGGGCAACAUGGCCCUUGGGGCCCCCAAGAAGGUGAAGCAGCACCGCAAGGUCUUGCUGGAGAAGUGCCUGGGCUCCCUGCGGAGGGCCCCGAGCAGCUGUGUGGCCGCCGAGAGCAUGGAGGCCCUGACCAAGAUUCUGGCCGAGCUCCGAGAGGGCGACAUGGGGUCUUCAUUUGAAGCCGUCUGUGAGCAGUGCCGGGGUUUCUUUGACAAUGAGAGCGAGCUGCUGAGGCUAAAGGCAUUCACCCUCUUUGGGAAGCUCGCAAAGGUGGUUGGGAUUUCCAAGAAGCAUUUCUUCAAAGGCGAAGUAAAGAAAGCCUGGAUCGCCCUCAUGCUACACUGCCAGGACCCCUGCUCCAGCACAGCCCAAGCCUGUAUGGCCACCAUGUUUCAGUGUGCGCACUUCUGGGGCUGGAAGUCCCUGGGGAAUCCCUCAGCACGAAGCAACGCCAGCAACAGUGAUGAGAUGACGGUGUUCCAGACAACAGUGUGCUCCUUCCUGACUCAGAAAAAACCUGCCAUUCUCUAUGGCUUCUUGCUGGAAACAAUGACGUAUACUGAAAACAACUUCUCAAGAAUCAGAAUUGCCGCUUGCAACUUGGCAGGGAUUAUGAUGAAGCAGAUGUCUACCUCCUACCUGAAGCAGCUGGACUUUGAGGUGCUGCGGAAUGCGCUCCAGGAGCUGCAGCUGGACUCAGACGCUGGGGUGAGGAGGGCGGCCCUGGAGGCGCUCAAAGUCCUGGACAGCUGCAGUCAGCGCGGGCUUGUGGCUGCGCCCACGAGUGUCCCGAGCGAUCCAACGUAGGACAGGAACAGCGUCCUGGAGCAGCAGGUCCUCCCACAGCGACACAAACCCGUUUUUGUAG